AUGUGGUGCAAAGCCAGUAAGAAGAAACACAAGCGCUGGGAAGGAGACGCUGUCCUCGUGACCAGAGGAAGGACCGCAACCCUUAAGGAUACUGAGGGCAAAGAUAUAGGAAAGGGCAGUGGCUACAAGGUGUCGGAGCUGGCCAGCCUGUGUGAAGGUCAGACUUUGAUGAUUGGGGGGAAGGAGGUGGAAGUGAUGGGAGUCAUUUCUGCAGAGGACUUCGCUCGCGGACGCUGCUUUCAGGACGUUCAAGUGGAAAAAGCCGAUAUUAGGCCGCCGCAUUCCACUGCUCGACGUUUUUCUCUCAAGCCUUUUGCUCCUCCGAGUCGCGCUGGAUACGUGCCCCCCAGUCCUGAAGAGGAGCAGACUUGCAAACCUCGACACGAUCCUCUCGCCCCCGGAGCUCUGGUCAUGCCUCGUCCAUCUCCCAGUCUCCAGUGGUCGAAUAACAAGUCGGGUCUUCCAGUUGUGGAUGUUGUAGUGGACCCACACGUCACUUCAAACCUGCGGCCACAUCAGAGAGAUGGCAUUCUGUUUCUGUUCGAGUGUGUUAUGGGCAUGAGGGCUGUUGGUCGUUUCGGUGCUAUCCUGGCAGAUGAGAUGGGUUUGGGGAAGACCCUUCAGAGUGUGGCCCUGGCCUGGACGCUUCUAAAGCAGGGUCCAUACGGCGGCAGAGCGGUGGUGAAGAGGGUGCUGGUGGUGACGCCUGGCAGCCUCGUCCAGAACUGGGGAGCAGAGUUCAACAAGUGGCUGGGCCGAGAGCGGAUCCAAGUGUUCACCGUUGAUCAGGACCACCGUGUGGAGCACUUCCUGGCCUCUCCUCUGCACAGCGUCCUGGUGAUCAGUUAUGAAAUGCUGCUGCGCUGUCUGGAGCAGGUCCAGAAAGUAGAAUUCGGUUUGAUAAUCUGUGACGAGGGCCACAGGUUAAAGAACAGUGCCAUCAAAACCUCCUCCGCUCUCAGCAGUUUGUCUUGUCAGCGCAGAGUCAUUCUCACAGGGACCCCUGUUCAGAACGACCUGCAGGAGUUCUUUGCCAUCAUAGAUUUUGUCAACCCAGGAAUUCUGGGAUCAUCUACUGCGUACAGAAAAGUGUAUGAAGAGCCAAUCCUCCGCUCCCGACAGCCCUCAUGCUCAGAGGAGGAAAGAGUUUUGGGAGAGGAACGGGCGGCUGAACUGUCACAUCUGACCUGCAUGUUCAUUCUGAGGCGAACCCAAGAGAUCAUCAACUGUUACCUGCCUCCGCGCCUGGACUGGACCGUGUUCUGCUGCCCCUCUUCACUGCAGCUGGACUUGUACAGACACCUCUUAAGCCACCGCAUCUUCAGAUCCUGCAUUCUGGACCGGGCACAAAGUCACACACAUCUGGCCUGCAUCACAGCGCUCAAGAAGCUCUGCAACCACCCAGGACUGCUCUACAACACUCUCAAGCAAAAGAUGCUCAAUGAAUCUGUGGAAAGUUCGAUAUAUGAAGGACUGGCCGACUGCUUCCCAGACUCUUACUCCUCACUCGGGCUAAAUGUGUCUGAUUCGGGAAAACUACAAGUUCUUGCAGACCUGUUGGCAGCGGUCAGACGCACCAGCCCUUCAGAUCGAAUUGUUGUUGUGUCUAACUACACACAGACCCUGGACAUGCUGGAGGAGCUCUGCACACUCAUGAACUACACUUUCUGUCGGCUUGAUGGCCACACCCCGACCAAUCAGAGGCAGCGGUUAGUGGACAGCUUCAACAGCCCUUACUCCCAGAACUUCCUGUUUCUCCUGAGCUCUAAAGCGGGUGGAGUCGGGCUCAAUCUGAUCGGAGCCUCUCACCUUGUACUAUAUGACAUCGACUGGAACCCGGCCAACGACAUUCAGGCGAUGGCUCGAGUUUGGAGAGACGGACAGAGGAAGACUGUUCACAUCUACCGCCUCCUUACUGCAGGAACCAUAGAGGAGCGUAUAUUUCAAAGACAAGUUUCCAAACAGGGUCUGUCGGGGACAGUUGUGGACCUUGGAAAAGGGGCGGAGCACACUACUUUCUCGACCAAUGAACUGCGAGAUCUGUUCAGUUUGAUUGACAGCCCAUGUUUGACUCAUGACCUGCUCACGUGCACCUGUAGCAUGGACGGAGAGCUGAAUGCUGUGGAGGAGGCGGAGCCAGCGCAGAGGUCCUGUCAGCUCGGCCGCAGAGGAGAGCGCGACCCACAGAAGAACCUCAGCAUGUCGGAGCUCAUGCGCUGGAGGCAUUUCUCUGGCGACGCACACUCUUUCUUGGACCCUUACCUGGACCAGGCACGAGACAAGGUCACCUUUGCCUUUCAGAACACUCUCUCCCACAAGGCGCAGUGA